AUGUACCAACCUACUGAAUCUCUCGACCUUGACUACACGAACCAGCAGCUCUUGCCGCGACGCUACGAGUCGGAGGAGGAAGACAUCUCGGAAUCCGAACAUGGUGGACAGGAUAACGGGUUUUCGCCAGUCGACGACACCACUGGGGCGUCACCCAAUAUGAGUACGGAGAAGUUAUCAGACGUAGGCGUGGAUCUUGAGAUAGAGAACCGUCACGUUGCCCGUCUUCUUUCACCAUACCCAUCCCGAGGCAGGAAGUCCCGUCCUGUCUCAAUGGAUACCAUCAAGCGAAGUAGUAAUACCACCUUUGUGGCCGAUUCGAUUGCCUUUGACGAAGACGAUGCGAUUAUCGAGCUGCCAUCUCUGGAUCAGCCGUCGCCCUUUGAGUCCCCCAUCUUUCUGCAACCGGCGGUCUACGUGCCUCCUGGAUCACCUGUUUCGUCAAGUGCUCGGUCUACCAGAUCUCUGUCUCCUACUUCGGUGUAUUCGGAGGAUGAGACAGAUGUCUUCAUGGCGGAGAAGGUCACAUACGUGGAACCAAUCUCCAAACCAAGUUUGAUCCAGAUUAGCCCUGAUCAGUCGAAUUUCCCAGCCGCGGCAUCUUUGAGUAGAAAACGGAACACUUUCUAUCAGGAGAAAACGAGCAGCGAUUCCACAAAGGCCGCCUCUGAGGGCAUCUAUUCCUUAAGACAAGCAGCCAGAUCUCAACCCUUAUUGGCAAAUCGUGAGCAAAAAGUCGAUCCGGAUCGAGAAAAAGAGCAGCAGCUCAGACGGAAGAGUCUCUCGAUAGGGCAACACACCUCUCAAGCAGAAGAAGAGUCGGAUUUUAUGGAGCUGCCACAGCCCAGCGCCACAAUCUGUUCAGUAUCCGAACUGCCCGAAGUCCCUCAACCACACUCUCCAAGGUUUCGUUCAAAGACCUUCUCUGGUUUGAGAACCUCCGGCGCAGAGAAAGGGGCUUCGCUGUACACUGUGAUGCGCUCGCGCUUACCCACCGAAUCUUUGCGUCGUCCCCCUUCGGCGAGAAACAUGGGCAGCUCAAGCGGCCUCUUCUCGCACGCCCGUCAUGCUUCCGCCUCUCCCGGAAAUGACUCUCGAAAACGGCCCACGGGCAUUUCUCACACGCGCAUGAGCUCUGAGCUGUCAUCACCGCUGCAAGCAUGCCGUUCGCCCUCCCCCGUAAUGACAAACAACGCGCCUUACUAUUCGUCACCGACCUUUAGCCGGAAUCGAUCAGGGUCGGUGUACAGCAAUAUCAGUGCUCCGACUCCGACCACCUAUCGUCCGCGCCCUGUGCGCGAUUCUACCAUGCAUUCUAUCAAAUCGUCCUACUCGAGCAGCCUUCGAUCGGAGGUGGAGAGUGUCCACAGUGUGGAGGCACAGGAGCCAGUCCAGCAAGAAUGCAUUUCUAAAGGAAGCCGGAAAAAGAGCCUGAAGCGUAGUAAGCUCGCUAAACAGGAAGGCAAGGAGCAAUCCACAGCGAAGAGUAUCAUGGGCUUCAUGCUUCGAGGGAAAAGAAAGUCUACGAUCUGGCAUCAGCGAUCAUGA